AUGUGUCACUCCAUGAUGUGUCACUCUGCGAUGUGUCACUCUGCGAUGUGUCACUCCGAGAUGUGUCACUCCGCGAUGUGUCACUCCGCGAUGUGUCACUCUGCGAUGUGUCAACUCCGAGAUGUGUCACUCCGAGAUGUGUCACUCUGCGAUGUGUCACUCCGCGAUAUGUCACUCCGAGAUGUGUCACUCCAAGAUGUGUCACUCUGCGAUGUGUCACUCCGUGAUGUGUCAACUCCGAGAUGUGUCACUCCGAGAUGUGUCACUCUGCGAUGUGUCACUCCGCGAUGUGUCCCUCCGAGAUGUGUCACUCUGCGAUGUGCACUCCGCAAUGUGUCACUCUGCAAUGUGUCACUCCGUGAUGUGUCACUCCGGAAUGUGUCAUUCCCCGAUGUGUCACUCCGAGAUGUGUCACUCUGCGAUGUGAUGCACCGAGACUGA